AGACACAGAAACUCUGAAGCCAUCUAGUAAACUGAGACAGUGCUGAGCCACGCACACACGCGUGCACACACACUCACGCUCCAGCACCAGUGAGAGUUCUUCUAGAGAAGAGGCGCUCCACCAUGCUGAGGCCAAAGGACCUGUGCCAGGGCUCUGGCACCAAAACCUUUUUGGAGGCCAUGAAUAGUGGCAAAGUUCACCUGGCCCGCUUUGUUCUUGAUGCACUGGACUGCCGUAUCAUCAACUCAAAGAACGAGAGCAGCCGCACGCCACUUAUGUGUGCAGUGUGCCUGCAGGAGCACAACACCAGGUCCAAGUUCACACAGCUGCUGCUGGAGAAAGGUGCCGACGUGAACAGCCGGGACGAGAACGGGCGCACCGCCCUCAGUUUGGCCUGCGAGCUUGGCCACCUAGAUGCCGUCAAGCUCCUGGUACAGUUCAAUGCCAACCCUGAGCUCACAGACACAUGGGGCAAUAGCGCCCUGACAUACGCUGCCUAUGGGGGACACAGCCAGGUGCUGGAUUUUCUCAUUCGGGCUUUCAAGAGGCUCGGAUUGAGACUGGACCACACUAAUCACGCAGGCCACACCGCCAUCCAGGUAGCUGAAUAUUUGGGACAUGGUCAUUGUGUUCAGAUUCUCAGCAGUGCAGGGAGGAAGGGGGUAUGCAGUGGCAUCGAGCAAACUCACGAAAUUCAAGGUGGAUCACAAGAAGCUGUUCUGUGGCCUAAUCGACUCCCGAAGCAAAUUCUGGAAAAAUUCUCAAAGCAGGUUCACAGCAAGAAUGAGGAGACAUUGCCGUCGUUGUUUCAGAAGCAGAUGUGGGUCAGUGACAGCAAAGACCCGAAGAGACAAUUCAGUCAGCAACACUCCCCCGAAAGAACCAACUCAACUGGCUACCAAAGUUUAACCAGGUUUCCGGAGAGGCGCUUUACUGAGAAGGAGCAACAGGUCCUGUUCAGUUCGAAACAUUUUCAAAAUUCUAGAGAAGCUGGCUUUGUGAGAAAAAACAACUUUGUCUCAGAGCUCUGCAGGACAAUGGACCACCGUGAGAAGAAUGAAGAUCCACCCCAGUGGGGAAAAGCAAAGUCAUUCAACCUGGACCUACAGACGGGACGAAAACAGUCGUACCAGGGCGAGGCGCGUGACGUCACGCAGUCUGUCAGCCAAUUAAAAAGAGCUUCUCUUCCAGACGAGAGACCUCUCAUCCCCAAAUUCUACUGCCAUGGCAACACUUCCGCGAAGAAGAGCGACGUGGACAGAGCGAGUUUACAGCACAUGAACGGAGUGUCUCGGGUUACUGCUGAACAGAGGAACAGCGACAACUCGGAAAAGAAGAAAAGCUCCAUAAAGCGCAGCAGCGUUCUCAAGAACGACAGACCAAAUAAACUGCUCUUCAUUCGGGACGAGGUUCCACGGGAAAGGAUCAAAAUCCGGCCUCCGGGCUUCAACGGGCUCGGGACCAGGUUACUGCGGCGCUUCACCGCUCCUGAGUUCAUGGGUCUGGUUAGAGAUUGUCAGUCCGGCGCGACGUUAAACAAAGGCAAGAUUGCUCGAUCAGAGACAUUUCCCCUUUCACACACACAUAAACUGGUCAAUAGUCAACCCAGCGUUGAUAGCAUAAGCGGUGUCAGGUGCGAAUUUGAAGGCAGUCCUCCAAUCAGUCGAGCUUAAUCAAUAUUGAUUAUUAUUAUUAUUAUUAUUAUUAUUAUUAUUAUUAUUAUUAUCACCAUCAAUUCCUGGAGUUGGGAAUCGAUAGAGUCGAUUCAUCACAAUAAUCGUCUUGAUCCGGGAACUAAACACAGAUAUUGUGAUAUAAAUUAGUGCAAUAUCAAUUAAUUGAAUUUGUCAAGAAACGAAAUCUGCCCCCCCCCCUAUUUUCUUUUCACUUCACGCCGUCUUUGAAUGAACUUGUGCCGAAUCAAUUUCAUUGUCUGGACUUGACUCCCAAGCUUCAGAGUCGACUCUCAGUUCGAUUCCCAGUCCUCUAUUUACUUCGCCAAAGCCAUUCGUACAGUUUUAGAUGUCUGGAAAAGUAAAACUCAACAACAACCGGGAUUGCACAUCUUUCAAGUUGCUUUUUUUUUUAAACACCAUCAUAGCACCACUUUAUAAAAUUGGAGAAUAAAGCAACUUAAUUGUUUGUUGCUUGUUUUCUGAUAAAGGCUAUUCGGAUCAUCACCAGUUCAUUUCCCUCAGAACUAUUACAAGUUUCAUACUGAAACUUUUCUCACAGAUACACUACUGUAUAUAAACAGACAAUGCUUAAAAUUGAUCAGUUCUAAAGUAAAUGUGCUACACGAUACAUAAAUGUGCUGUCUAUGAUUAUGUUCAUGAUCAGGGUCACAGAUUUUUGUAAAACUGUCAUAUUGCUCUUCAUAAUUAGUAAGUUUAAUAUAUUCCUCUAUGUAUUCACUAAUACACAACAUAGGCAGUUGAAAACGUAUGAAAUCUGUUGACACUCGCGUCUCAGACGUUCCAGGUUUGUGUAUAGUGUAUGUAUACCAUAAAAACAAAGAAUAUAUUCACUUUGUGUAUAGAUAAGAGAUAUAUUAUAUGUGAAAUGAAAUCAUCCUAAUUUAUAUUUAACUGGAAUGAAUGUUUGCACCAUAGCUGUGGUCUGCUGCCAUUUUACUAUGCAUAUUGUGAAUGUCAGUCAUUUAUAUUCGUUAAAUAAAGUUAAAAAAUUUAAUUGAAAAAUAAGCCUGC